AUGACAUGCAUACAGGAAAACAUUACAGGGCUGCUUUUCUUGUGUUGUUGCCUGUCACUUUCGCUAUGGGUACUUUCGACUUGCAAAGCCCAUGCUGAUGGGGAAACCGCAGAGCCAAACACCAGCUGUUCGUAUAUGUUGAUGCUCGAUUGUCUUUUACAUCCUGAGGCUACUGAGGUGGCGACCCGACGUCUGCAGAAAACAAAUAGGUGGAAAUGGUGGCGUAGUGGCCUUCCAAGUGGAUCGGAAGUGCAUGUGCAUCCCCCUCCAGCGCCUUUUGGGACGUGGAAUGACUUUCUGUUGAUGGAUGUUCGCUCUCCCCUUUGUGGUAAGUUGUCAGGGAAUGUUAUGGAGAGUGAAAUAAGUGGGACCUCAUUCGCUCUUCCUACCGUAGGGCGAGUUAUUGUAUUACGUGUCGUGGAAGAUAGGUGGGUUCCAAAAGAAUUUACGCGCACCCAUUCGAUUGAGUCACGAGGCGACAAACUUUCCCGAUGGCGGUACCCCCGUCAGUAUUUGAGGCUACGAACGGCACUGAGGUGGAGCGGGUUGGGUGUUCGAGUGGCUGUACUCGACAAUGGUGUUGAUGCGGCGCUUUUACCACAACGGGAUGUAGAGGGGAUACCGAAUUCUGCGGGGGAAAAAAGUGACUGGUCAGUUGCACUAUGCAGGAGUUUUGUGCCCGAUGUGCCAUGCGAGAACCGCCGUGAUUCACAUGGCACCUUCAGCGUGUCCGUUACAGCUGGCAACAUUUCCUUGACUAGUAACCUUCGCAGUAGCGAAGGGUUCGGCAAUCAAACCACGUCCUUUACCGAUGGGAGCACCGCAGAAGAAAUGCCUGCAGUGAGUAAACAUUACGUGGGCGUGGCCCCUGGUUCUACUGUUGGUAUGUUUCGUGUGUUCGACGAUGCUCGGGGCUCAAAGACAUCGUGGCUGGUGUCUGCUUUGAACGAUGUGUUGCAGUGGCGAGCCGAUGUUGUGAGUUUGGCGUUUGGUGGCACUGAUAAUAUGGACACCAUUUUCACCGAGAAAAUCCGUGUGUUGGCGAUGUCAGGCGUCGUUGUCGUUGCGGCAGCUGGAAAUGAUGGUCCAACAAUGGGAACAAUUCACAACCCCGCUGACCAGGCGGAGGUAUUGGCGGUUGGCUCCCUUGGAACGGUUAAUUGCCACAUCGUUGCGAACGCUAUGACUGCGCACCCCGGCCACGAUGAUAGAGAGGGAAACUGCACAGACAGUCGUGACCAGCGGUGGGUCUCGCAGUUUUCCGGCAGGGGUCCGUCUACGGUGGAAUUCCCAUUCGGCGCUGGUCGGGUACGGCCGGAUAUUUUGGCGCUUGGAGAACAUGUGGUUGGUGUAGGGCGUGUGAUGGAGAAGUUUGGUAUGAGUGGUGAGGAGAGGGUGCUGGGGCUGCAGGUAUCUCACGGCACAAGUGUUGCAACGGCACUUGUAGCUGGGGUUGCUGCGUUGUGCAUAGAAGCACUACGGACUCUGGGUGACGGGACACGCGUUAACGUCGCACUUGUGAAGGGACUUCUAAUUGAGACGGCUGUGGAGCUGGUUCCUAACACUGAGAGCCUUAACUCUGUUGAAAGGGUUCUGAUGCAGGAAAGGAAGAAGUACUCUUCACAGGGUGCUGGGAGCUGGUCAACCGAAGGAGAUGCGUUCUUGAAUGGGAAGCGACGGAGAACGCUCGAUGGGGUCGAUAUGGUCCACACUCUAUUUCACUACCGGAACGUACUUCAGUUCAGUCGUUUGAGCCAAGGCGGUGGGGAGGUGUGUCCCACAUGCGCGCUCUCUCGAAUCGAACAGAGGGCCCACGAAUACGAUCGACUACUGGAGGUUUUUGCGUUCCCCAAGGCUGUUGAUGCAACGGGCGACCAUCACCUUCCACAUGGUGGCAAAGGACCAGCCGCAGCAACAUUAGGCCCCUGCCUGCUCAACUGGCCUUACUGCGAGCAGCCUUUGUUUCCCUCUGCAGCACCUAUCGCGUUUAAUUUAACCCUUCAUAAUGCUCGCUGUGAGUCCUCGCGGCUAAAUCUCAUUUCGCCAAACGUAACAAUUUCAGGAGCCGAAGGUUUUUGCAGUAUGAAUCGCGUCUGUGAGCCAGGUUAUCUUGGUGCCGAAAUCGCACAGCAAUUAGUGCUUGUGCGAGCUGAUGCUUCCCUUGUUAUGUCUGCCCACAGUGGAUGGCUAUCACUAUUUGCCCUUUCACCUGCGAAUGCCUCCACGACGCAAAUACCACCACCUACGUCAGCGGCUGAAUCCAACUCUCCAGAUUCUUUUGCUUUGGAUAGGUACGAUCUUAUUACAGUGAUUGGAUCUGUAAGACUUGCCUACCUGUGCACGGCAAGCGGUGAACAUCAGAAGGCGAAUGCGGAUGUCGAUGAAUCAGGGGGAGUUCGUUCGGUUACUGUGCCCUUUAAAUUACCGGUUGUGCGGCGCCCCUCCCGACUUGAGCGUGUGGGUUUUGAUAUGAGUCAUCAGUGGUUUUAUCCUCCAGGUCAAGUACCUGAUGAUGAUAUCCGUCAAGAGAGACAUGUACUUCACUACCGCCGCGGCAACGGGCGCCUUCGCGGCCAUGCUGUGCGAAGUCGCUCGGGAGAAAAGCGGUGUGGUGCCUACGAAUGUGAGAGUGAUCAUCUCUAUACAAAUAUGGCACUGUUCUUCUUGUAUCUUCGGCGGGUUCUUGGUUUAUUUGUUGAGCAGCCACUGCUCACUUACCUACCAUUCGGUGUUAGCAAGAUUAACGGUGUUGGAGGGGUUAAUGCGAAGAGGGAUGUAAAGAAUGUUUCUGUAGCGGCGUUGAAGCGGUAUUAUGGGAACAUAGGCACUCUCAUACUGUUCGAUCUGGAGUUACCGCUUUUGCGGAUGGAGCGUACUCUUAUUUCGGACGCAGUUCGUUACGAAAAACUACACUUACUAGUUGUGAGCGAAUGGUUCAGCAGGAGCAUAGCACGGGGAACCUCGUCUCAUAGUUCAACCCCCGGUGGAUCCUUAUUUCCCUCCCUUAAAGGCAACCAGAACGUGAAUUCCUCCUUUUGCGAUGCUGAUGAACCGAAGGUUAAGAGUAAUGGGUGUCUACCAAAGGAACCUAUGGUUUUGGACGGAUCGUCACAUGUGCCGUCGUUGAAUGCCCUUCUCCGUGAUGUUUCUCAUGGAAAACUUCAACUGGACACAGAACACGUGGUUAGUGGCGAACUAGUUUUGGCAACCUGUCCACACCACUCGUACAAAAUGCCUUCCAGUUUUUGGUCCAUAUCAUCGUGGAUUUCUUGGCUUUGGUUUGGAGGAGCGCAGCGCGCAGAUGGUUGUGUGGACCGGCACUUGGGCGAGAUUCAAUCAGCAGGAGUGGUUCUCUGGCCCCCUACUGGUGAAAGGAACAAACAAGGAGACGAGUCCCACAGCGAACUAGGCGGAGAACGUUCUAGUGCAGACUACAAACCUACAGCAGUUUGCAGUAUUGCAAAAAAUUGGGCCAGAGGUCUUUACUUUCUUAGCAAGUUGAAGGACAGCGGGGGCAACUUAAACUGCGACGACGCGACCAACGGUUGUGGUGAUGGUACUAAACAACGGGAAGUGGACGUUAUGCACCCCGUGGGGCAAUCUGCGUUUGUCCCCAUUUUUGGUUUCGUCGGUUCAGGUGGUGACUGCUUGGGUGAAGAUGGUUUGUUUGACAACGAGGGGUGCAUGAAGGGAGCACCUGCCGCUGAAUCCUUAAGGCACGCUGGUGGGCGUGUGGUCCUUUUUACUGAUUCCAAUAGUUUCAGUGAUUUGCCACACAGCGCAGCCACACUGCAUCGGCUGAACCUGUUAAUCUAUGACACGUCGAGGCUACUCUCUCGGUCGAGUACAGAAACUUCCUUUGCAAUUGAUAUUUCUCAUAAAAUUGAGGCUAUAGUGCGUGAAGAGAGUUUUCAACCCUCCCUCUCACUGGGCCUCAUUGGCGACUUUGUGAGUUUCCUCCACAAUGGAGGGACAAAGAACUUUAUGCAGGGCGUUGACUGUCGCCGUUCGGACGGUACGAGUCUGGGACAUCAUUGGAAUGAUAUCUCGACCUCCGAAAAGGCAGAAAAUGGCGGACGGGACGGUCUCCAUGCUGCAAAUGAGGAGGAUAAGGCGAGUUUGCUUGCCCUUCGUUUAUUUCAGGGUGCGCCGCAGCGGGUUGCGAUAGCUGAGAGGGUUCGUGCCGUUUUAGUUGACUGGGAAGCGGCCAUUGCCUCUGAAGCUGAUUAUGCUGAGACAGAUGCGGUGAUUACAGAUGGAGAUUGUAAUGGUUCAUUUUUCGUUCAAACCGCGGAUUCGAGGAAACUGUGGUCUAAUUGUACGUACGGCGGUGAGGGAGUUAAUAUGAUACUUUGGACGCACAUACUGGGUCUAACAUUUACGACGUUAGUACUGUAUGCGACCAAUUGCCUCCGAUGCCUGUUGGAGAACAUGAAGGUUGUGGCAGUGGAACCAUCUGAGUAG